GAUAGAACUCCAUAAUAGUUUAAUCAGUUGAAAUGAAAAUAUUAGCUAUUGUUUUUGCUAUAUCAUGCACCUCUGCUGCUCAAAGUAUUUUUUCACAUGCUGGACUUAAGGCUAAAAUUCAACAUCUUUUGCAUCAUCAUCACGAUGACAACCAUCAAAAUCCUAUAAUUUCUCAUAAAUUUAAUAAACAUCAAGAACCCGAAAAGCCUGUUGAUGAACAUCAUUACGAUGAUUAUUAUUCUUAUCCUAAAUACAAGUUCGAAUAUGGAGUGGAAGAUCCACAUACUGGUGACCAUAAAAGUCAUUGGGAAGUUCGUGAUGGUGAUGUAGUGAGAGGUGAAUACUCUUUAGACGAACCUGAUGGCACAAUAAGAAUUGUUCAAUACACAUCCGACAAGCAUAAUGGAUUCAAUGCGGUAGUAAAGAAAAUCGGAAAAGCUUAUCAUCCUCAUGCUUACUAG